CAUUGUUUCUCCUGAGGUUUGUUUGUAUUUACUUCUUACGCUCGUUAUUUUUUUUAAGUCGGUAACUAAUUUUUCUUUUUCUUUUUGGGAUUAUUGUAGGCACACAUUUUUUUAGUGUGGUGGAUUAGUUAUUUACCUUGUUUGCUCACAAUGGCUGAAUUGCUGCCAAUUUACUUUAGCGUAAUUGCUUUCUUCUGCGCCUUGGGAGCUAUGGCUUUGGCCAUUUUCCACAUCUACAGGCACCUUUUGAAUUAUACUGAACCUACUUAUCAGAGAUACAUUGUCCGCAUCAUUUUUAUGGUCCCGGUUUAUGCAUUGCUGUCUUUCUUGUCCCUGAUUUUUCCAGAGAGUCCUAUCUAUUUCAAUUCCAUAUGUGAAGUUUAUGAAGCUUGGGUCAUUUAUAACUUUCUGUCCUUAUGCCUGGCUUGGGUUGGUGGCCCUGGAGCAGUUAUACUAAGUUUAAGUGGUCGGGUUAUGAAGCCAUCGUGGUGUCUGAUGACUUGUUGCUUUCCUCACAUGCCGCUGGAUGACCGGUUUAUUCGAAGGUGCAAGCAGGGUUGUUUGCAAUUUGUGAUUCUGAAGCCCUUCUUAGUUGCUGUUACACUCAUACUUUAUGCAAAAGGGAAAUACAUGGAUGGAAAUUUCAGUCCUAAACAAUCAUAUUUGUAUCUCACCAUUAUAUACACAAUCUCCUAUACUCUGGCAUUGUAUGCUUUGGCAUUGUUUUAUGUGGCAUGCAAAGAUCUGCUUCAGCCUUUCAAUCCAGUUCCAAAAUUUAUCAUCAUCAAAACUGUUUUCUUAACAUACUGGCAGGGAGUUCUGUUUUUUCUGGCUGCAAAGUCUGGAUUCAUUAAGGAUGCAGAACAAGCUGCUCAGUUUCAAGAUUUUAUUAUAUGCGUUAAGAUGCUUAUAGCUGCUGUUGGUCAUCUUUAUGCAUUUCCAUACAAAGAGUAUGCUGGUGCAAAUACUGCUGGUUCAUGUGAUCUGACACGUAGUCUUGCCCAUGCCUUGAAGUUGAAUGACUUAUACCAUGACACUGUUCACCAGUUUGCACCAACUUAUCAUGAUUAUGUGCUCUACAACUAUACUGAGGGUGAUGAUGGAACAAGAAAGUAUCGCUCACGCACCUUUGUGCCAACUGGCCAGGAGAUGGAUGCUGUGAGAAAAAACAAACUCAUGUUUGGAAACAAGAUGGAUGAGCUAUCCAGUCACUCUUCCUCUGCCACAAGCACCCUAAAAAAUGAUUCCUCAGUGCCCCAUCCUGCACAUUCUGAUGCAAUGAAAUCUUCCCACCUUAUCGGUGUUUUUGAUUCUUUAUCCUCGCCAUAUGAUAUGUCGCUUAUUGACAUGGACUUCUCCAACUACCCUGCAAAAGUUGUUGCUGCAAAUGAAACUGGGAUUAGGUGACAAGAAUGGGGGAACUGCAACAAAUAGGUAAGAAAAGUUUCCGUCAAAAAGGGAGUUGAGGAAUAUGAGGUCGUCUUUUUAC